CCCGUAGCCUCCUCUGCCAGCUACUGCACACCCUCUUCAGCCUGCUGCUCCUGCUCUGGCUGCCUUCCUCUCGCUCUUUAUACAUACCAGCCCUCUCCCCUUCGUGCCUUCCCCGCGCACAAUAACCCUCUUUUCUCCUCGACUGCUCCUACCACAGCUCCGAAGGUCCGGCCCCGCCAGCUGUUCCAGAAGCGGUUUCACCUCGCUGACCACGUAACUGUGACGGCUGCACUCGACUGCCCGCUACACCCAGCCCUAGAGGCAUCUUUGUCCUCGACCAUGGCUGCUACCGAUCCUGUCGUUGAGGUGAUACUCCGGUCCGUGGACGGCUGUGACGAGUUCCCCGAACGGAAGCUCUUGUUGAGCCCAACCACGAGGGUCCCGAUCGGACGCUGCUCCAAAUCCGCACACAAGCAACUCUUCGCUGCCGCUGACAAUCUCUACAUCGACAGCCCCGUCAUCUCCCGGGACCACGCUGUCCUCACGGCGAACACGGCUCUGGGCAUUCCGUCCGUCUACAUCAAGGACAACGGCUCGAUGCACGGUACAGUGGUCAACGGCGACCUUUUGCCCGGCGAAAAAGAACAUAAGCUGAACAACGGGGACACGCUUCGGUUCGGCCAGGACGUCACCCGCGAGUCUGAUGCAUUCCACGCCAAAAAGUACACGUUCGAAUCCCGCUUAGCCCCCGUCAAAUCCGAUCGCCCCUACUCGGUCGGAUUCAGCGUCCCCGAGACCACUUCGUCAGACGAAGAAGAAGAGGAAGAAGAAGAAGAAGAAGAAGAAGAAGACAUGGAUGAUGGAGCCAGCAGUAUCAUGUCCCUUCCACGUCCUCGGUACGGAAGUCAGUCGAAUCCUGUCAAUGUUGAUGACUUCGAAGACAUUCCAACUGACUUCAUCGACUUUGAAGAGGACGAUGAGGAUUUAGCUCCUUCACAAACCCCCGCCAGCAAGUCCCACAAUGACGCCACCAUGGAGAAGCCAAAAGAAGGCGCCCAAUCUCCGCUAGUCUAUGCCAGUUUCGUGCCCAUGACUGCUCCCCAUGAGUCACACCAGUCCGGCCCAACCCCCACCUUAACCAGACGAACUUCGCUUGAUGGGCAUAGCUCCGACGACGAAGGAGAUCUCAUAGUUGAGCUUGGGGGGACUGCAACGCCGAUCCAUUCUAGUGAAGCCGAUGAUUCUGAAGACCACUUAAGUGAGGAUGGGUCAGAUUUAGCAUCUGAUGAUGGUUCCGAGCACUCCGUUAAUAGCGUCAAAGAGGACCUGGAUACAAUCCAGCGACUCAAGAUGAGAGCCAUGCUUAACCAUGAGCAGGAGAAACCCAUCCCCAUGGACCAAUCUUCACAAACCAUGCGUAGUACAUCCUCCCAGGCCUCUCCAGCAGUCAAUGUUCCCGCGCGCUAUUCCAGCCCUCCAUUUUCAUUUGGCAUGAAAGCGUUCCCGAAGGCGGCCGAGGCAGAAAAAGCGAAAACUGUGGGAACAGAAGGCGUCACCAUGUUUGAUGUGUUCAACAACGGACCAUUCUCCGAUACUACGAGCCCAGCGCCGCCAGUCCCACCCCGCCCAUCUGCCCCGGGGCCAAUAAUGUGGUCAGUUCCGGCUUCUGACUUCGGACCGCUCAGUAAUCAUGCCCCUUGGUUCGAAGAAUCGCCCACCCUUCAAGGCGCAUAUACGCUACCAAACCCCCCUGAAGGCUUCCCCACGUUUGGUCGCGUAGAUGGCUUCUCAAACGCGAAUUAUUUCAGCCCUCAUAGGCCAUUUGCGCCGCAAAUGACCUCGACAUUCUCGGAAAGCAAAAUCUUGAAUCUUUCCAAGUCGGGUGAUGUACAGAUAGUCCGACCCCAGACUCCAGAUCCACCGAAGACGGCGGCUGUUCCAACUCCGCCUAAAGCUACCAAUGAUGAGCAAAGCCCUACUUCUCCCCCUCCAGCGCGCAGGGGUUUCUCCAUACCAGAAAUUGUCGAGGACAAUCCUGAAGACCGUCUUGAGCAACCACCGACGCCGACUUCGCUGACGAGCCACAAACGUAAAGCGGAUGAGCUAGACGCCGAAGAGCUGGCGACCGAGGCACUUUCCCAAGACCUAGCUGCAACUCUGUCCGAAGCUUUGGUUACCCCCGGGGCUGCUGCUGUCGCUGAAGCUACUCCGCCAGCGACUGAGCGCCCCAAGAAGAGGAUGAGGACUGCCCUUGCUCAUGUAGGCUAUUUGGCGACAGGUAUUGCUAUUGGUGCCCUCGGUGCCUUCGGGGCGUUGCUUGCCGUACCUGACAGCUACCUUCAAUAAAUUUGUGGAAAGAGCUUCGAUGACCAAACAGUAAGGUAACAUGCAAUUUUGGCGUUCGGGGCAUGGGACAAGGCCACGCUCACGGGGAUCUAGGGUGAAUGCAAUAAGCGGGUCACGGGGCGUUCGAGGACAAUGAACAAUGCUGCCCGAAGGCACCCUCGGUGAGAACGGAGCUGAUAUGGGGUUACUUUUGUUUCUUUUUCCGGCGUUGAUGGCUGUUGACGCCUGUACAUGCAUCUCAUGACCACCUUGGGACAUUUGCCUUUUAUAAUAAAGCUU